CAAAACGAUUUUUUGAUUAUUCACCUUAGAUUACGUACCUGAUAAUAAUUAAUUAUCUUUUUAUCAGUAAUAUUGUGAUUAAACGUAUUUACGCACUGACAAAAAUAAUUUUCGAAACUUUUCUUUUAUUUACCAAUAAAAGUGUUUGUGUGAAACAAUAAAUAAUUUGUGGUUUUAUGCCUGUGACUUAUUCGCGGUUAAACGAUAAUACGGAAUUCUCGGAACUUUUACCGGCAUUUGUUUUAUGUUUGCCAUUGUUGCAGGUGCCAACUAUCUUUUGUUAUGACUGGAAAGUUUGUUCGGUCCUUUUAGAAGAACUUUAGGACAAGGAACAUGAAGCUCACUAUUAAAAUCUUUUGCAUUUGCGUUUUCCUUUUAUUAUUAACAUCAGUUUCAAGAGCUACGAAUAAUGAGAUAAAAAAGAAAGAAAAUAUCUGCCUUAUAAAUGAAAAUGAGAAACAAAUGAAAAAAUUUAAUUUUACUAAUAUUUUAAGUAAGAAUAUUGAUUAUAAGAUUACAACAAGUAACUCUGAUGAAGUAAUUUAUUUGCAAUUAUGCAGUCCAUUGCAAAAGACAUGCAAUGGAAAAAAUGAUUAUGGUCUUUGUUUAACAAAACAUGGGAACGAAAUUGGUUUAGGAAAAUAUCCGCCUGAAUUGAAAAUUGAAGCUUAUCAAAUAUUGUUUCAAUUUACUGGUGACAAAUGCAAUGAUUCUGCUAAUUACACGACAUUAGUAAAAAUGCAAUGCGAUUAUAAAGCCGAAGAAUAUCACUCCAAUCCUAUUGUCAUUCCACAUAAAGAAAAUCAAUGUGAAAUUGAUAUUCAUUGGAAAACGAGUUUGGCUUGUGGAGAACAAACGAUUACAAAUUGCUCAGUGAUUGAUAGCACUGGUUUUAAGUAUGAUCUGUCAAAAUUGACGAAAUAUUCUGAUAAUUAUGAAAUUCCCGUACAAAAUUCUUCAAAGAUACUUUUAAAUGUAUGUCAUUCUUUGAUUUUUGGAUAUGGAGUUUCGUGCAUAAAUAAAGCUGGCUCCUGUCUUGUAAAUUCUAAUGCACUCAGAGAGAGUGGUGAGAGUUUGGGUGAAGUUUGGAAGGAGAAACCUCUUUCGAUAGUAGAAGAUGGACACUUACAACUUGUAUAUGAUGAAGGUGGCAUGUGCAGUGAAGGAUCAAAUCAUUAUAAAACCAUUAUAAAUUUUAUUUGUGAUCAUUAUGCUGAGGAUUCGCAUCCGAAAUAUGUGAAUGGUACAUGUGAUUAUCAUAUAGAAUGGAAAACACCAUUAGCGUGUAAAGGUUCAUUUGAAGAACAUAAAGUGGUCACAAGAACGAAAGAAUCAAUUGAAAAUAAACCUGACAUUUUGUCGAUAAAAAAAGAAGAACCACCAAAAAAACUCGUAGAAAAUAAACAGGUCAAUUGUGGCGUGAUAACAAAAAAAGGAAAAAUUGAUUUGAGUCCUUUAAUUCUCACAAAAGAAAACUAUAUUGUCAAAAGUAAUGAUUUGGAGUUUCAUAUAAAUGUGUGUAAUCCUCUCACUUCUCCAGCUAAUUUUAAAUCUUGUCAAGGAAAAACAGUUUGUAAAAUUCAACGUGAUGGAGAUGGAAGAAACCUCAAAGAAACUAGUUUAGGAAAUCCAGGAGAAAAUCCCAUUGUUUAUAAAAAUGAAAGUGUAAUUUUACAUUACAAAUUCGGUGCUGUUUGUCCAGAAAAAAAUAACAAUACUAUUUCAACGAAUAUAACAUUCAAAUGCGACUAUUUUACAAAAAAGAGUUCUCCACAAUUUGACAAAUAUACAGAUUGUACGUAUUUGUUCAAAUGGACUACAAUUAAUGUUUGCGAAACAGUUGUUGGUAACUUCUAUGAUAAUUGCACAAUUAGUAAUCCAUUUUUGCGUACAUUUGAUUUUUCCGUACUACGAGAUCAAACAUUCCGUAUUUAUAAUGAUAAUAAAAACUACAGUAUAAGCAUUUGCGGAGAAAAAAAUUUGUGUAAUGGCUCUACAAUAUGCGAAGGAAACAAUGGAUUGGGAACUUCAAUAAACGUUAUUUACGAUUAUCCAAAAGAUUCAGUGAAACUUGAAUUUUCAAAAGGAACAAAAUGUCUAAAUGAUACAUUUAAAUCUGACAUUACAUUUGUAUGCAAUUCAACUGCCAAUGUUGGAUCACCAGUUUUAAUUUCGAAAUCUUCAGAAUCAUGUCAUUUACAAUUUGAAUGGCAAACUAGUUUGGUUUGUACAUCCGCGUCGGAUAAUUCAACUUCACCAAAGAAACCAAUUCCUCCUAGUGAUACCAAAGAUGCGGAAAAGAAAGCAGAAAUUGCAUCAAGUAAUGGUGUAUUUUUAGUAUCUUUAAUCACUGGAGUUGUGAUAAUUGUCGUGAUAGUAAUGUAUCUGCGAGAUCCAUCCAGACGUGCUCGAUGUUCUCGCUUUGUUACGAGUCCAUGUUCAUCUUCGAGCAAUGAUCGUGUCAAGUAUUGUAGGGACUAGAGACUUUAAGUUAAUGUCUGUUAUUAAUUGGAUUAAGUUUUCGCACAAUUUCAUUGUCUUACGUUAAAAUUUUAGAUUUAUAUUGCUUUUGUAACUUUUGUGUAAUAGUUCUGCAUUCACAUAAUUUUUGUAACUUUAUAAUUUAUACGAUGUUUUUCUAAUCAGAUUAGAUAAUCCAUUGAAAGGUUUAAAAUGAAAAACCGAAUUAAGAGAGAAUGCAGACUGUUUUGUUUUAUAAUUACUUAUAAUUGCGUCGGCAUGUUCGUUGCUAAGUAAUUCAGUAGAUUACUGUUUAUUUUUUUUGUUUUCAUUUCUCUUAAAAAAAUGAAAAAACAACCGUGAUAGUUUUUUAAAUUAUUUUAAUUUUUGUUCAUUCAAGAGAUAUUUGCAAUGCAUAUCACUUGAAUUUUUCUUUCACUACAUUAAACUUUAUUUUUGUAAAACUAAUACAAUCCAUUAUAUUUUAGUUUUAUUUUAAGAUUUUGUUUUUUAUGAUUUCGUAAAAAUUAAUUAAUGAUGCCAAAUUAAUAAAUUUUAAUUGAUACGUGCA